ACUCCACCCCGGGGAGGGCGGCGCGGAUAAAGGCUCCGGGGCCGCUCGCUCGGGCCAGACUGGCAAGGCCACCUCGCGCUGUUCCCACGCACUCCAGUCGUCUGGAAACGUGGGGGGAACCCAGGCCCACCUGCCCACGAUCUUUGCGAGAGGUGGCUGCGGCAGUUGCUAAGGGGAAAAGGGACGCGCGUGGGGGACCACGACCCGAGAAAGCCUUCUAGGCACCGUGAGCCCCCCGAGGGACGGAGCUGGGGACCCUGCACCUCGCCCAGGUCGCCUUUGAAGGAUCCGAGAUCGCACACCCCAAUCACCGGUGCACAGCCACUGAGCCCACGCGAGUCCGGAGCGCCCCUUGGAUUCUUGCUGGCUGUGAUCCCCCUUUUCUAACGUUGGGACCUUCCCCGAGGGGCACACGUACUACCCGUCUUCCCAAGCGCCCAGACAGAAGAGGACCACCCCAUUUUUUGUAAGGGGGAGUCGAGGCGUGGACAUUGGAGGCGACUUCCCCACGAAGAUCCCCGCAAGGACACCCCUCAGGCCCUUUGUGCGCCCCGGGGAUGGAGCCGCAGCCCGGCAGCUGCCGGCGCGGGGCCCCCGGCGGCGCCUGCGACCUGAGCCCAGCAAAUGAGUCCGCAGCACCCAUCACCCUGACGAUUCACAGCACCACCGGGACCCGCUACGACCUGUCGGUGCCUCCAGACGAGACCGUGGAAGGACUGCGCAAAAGGCUGUCCCAGCGCCUUAAGGUCCCCAAGGAGCGCCUGGCGCUACUCCACAAAGACACCCGGCUCAGUUCGGGGAAGCUUCAGGAAUUCGGCGUGGGGGAUGGAAGCAAGCUGACGCUGGUGCCCACGGUGGAGGCAGGCCUCAUGCCCCAGGCCUCCAGGCCCGAGCAGUCUGUUAUGCAAGCUCUGGAAAGCUUGACCGAGACUCAGCCCCCAGCGACGCCCGGGACGGGCUGGGCUGCCGGAGGAGGCUUCCAGAAACACAGAUUGAUUUUAUUUAAGCGUCCGUGGCACCGACAGGGACCCCAGAGCCCAGAGCGGGGCGGCGAGAGGCCCCAGGUCAGUGACUUCCUCUCUGGCCGGUCACCACUGACCCUGGCCCUGAGAGUCGGGGACCACAUGAUGUUUGUCCAGCUGCAGCUGGCUGCCCAGCAUGCCCCACUACAACAUCGCCAUGUGUUGGCCGCUGCGGCUGCUGCAGCUGCGGCUGCCCGGGGAGAGUCUGGAGUGACCGCCACCUUGUCCUCUCCCUGCCGGCCAGUGUCCACUGCUGCCCGAAUUCCCCCAGUACCCACCAGCCCUUCACCUACAUCCACCUCACCUGUCACAACCGGUUCCUUCCGAUCCCAUGCAGCCUCCACCUCCUGCCCGCAGAUGGACUGUUCUCCAGCAGCCACAGAGGGCAUCAACCCCGGAGCCAGUGUGGCCACCACAUCCCCGUCCACCCCUGGCAGCAGCCCUACCCCUCGCUCCCGCAAACCCGGCGCAGUCAUUGAGAGCUUCGUGAACCAUGCCCCCGGGGUCUUCUCAGGGACCUUCUCUGGUACACUGCACCCCAACUGCCAAGACAGCAGCGGUAGGCCACGACGGGACAUUGGCACAAUCUUGCAGAUUCUGAAUGACCUGCUGAGUGCCACACGGCAUUACCAGGGCAUGCCCCCAUCACUGACCCAGCUCCGCUGCCAUGCCCAGUGCUCACCUGCCUCACCAGGCCCUGACCUCACCCCCAAAUCUACCUCCUGUGAGAAGCUGGCGGCCACUUCCUCCGCCUCCCUGUUACAGGGCCAGAGCCAGAUCCGAAUGUGUAAACCCCCUGGGGACCGUCUUCGACAGACAGAGAACCGUGCCACACGUUGCAAAGUUGAACGCCUGCAGCUCUUACUGCAGCAGAAACGGCUCCGUAGGAAGGCCCGACGGGAUGCCCGAGGCCCUUACCACUGGCCACCCAGCCGCAAGGCUGGCCGCAGCGACAGCAGCAGCAGUGGGGUUGGUGGGAGCACCAGCGAGGCUUCAGGCCUGGGCCUCGACUUUGAGGACUCUGUUUGGAAGCCUGAAGUCAACCCAGACUUGCAGUCAGAGUUUGUGGUGGCUUAAAGGAUCCAGUCCCCUUGACAUCUGUCACAUCCCCUACCCCAGCCCCAUUGUGGGGUGGGGGACAACACAGCAGCCUGGAUGCUGGACAGCCCAGCUCUGGCAGACAGGAGGUCACCUCUACCCACUCACCCGCCUUUAUUUUUGUUUGCUGUUGUUUUGUUUUGUUUUUUUUAAGCUCAUAAUGCUGAUGUCUGCCCUGUGUCCCAUGGUUACAUGCCCACCUCUUGUUCUCUCUCACUGUCUGUCCCCCCCAAUUUCUGGUGGCCUCUUGGUUGGGGGGGACCCUUUCCUCCUGCCUUCACCAGUUCCAAAUAUGUAGCAAUCUGUUCUCAGAUGGCCCAGACUGAGGAAGCCGCCCACCUGCAAUCCUUCCGUGCUCUCCCCCCAACCUGCCACAACCUGAUUCAGGUAUUUGUUUUUAAGUCAAAAUGUAAAUUCUCCAAAAAGCACUUUACAGAUGAGGGCUGGCUACCCCAGGACAAGUGUCCAAACACCACCCCCUUACAGACUUGGCCCUGUUUCAGGCCAGCAGGAUCCUCCACCCCCAACCCCCCCACUGCACUCACUCCUAGAAGCCAACUUUGUUCAGGAUGCUCACUUAACUCAAGGUGAUCCUCCUGCUUCAGUCUUCCCUGUGCUGGGAUGACAGGCCCAUGCCACCAAGCCUGGCUGGGACCCACUCUACCCACAAAAGCUGGGUCAACCUGGAACCCCAUUUGGGACUGACUGACCUGGGUCAGGCCAAGACUUCCCCUUUUUUCCUGGCAGGAAGUGAAGGUACCAGCUUCCUGCUACCCUGUCCCAGGUCACUCGGCCCCCCCACUGUCUCCUACCUCCCCACACCCCCAUAUUUCCCCAGCCUUCCUGCCUGACAGAGCUUGGGGACUAUUUAUAGACUUCAUUUUUUUCUGACUGAGCCAGUAGUGGUUGCUAUUUUCUUGGGGGAAAAACAAAUUAAAAACUGGGGGAGAUGGUUUGGGUGGUCCAGGGAGACACCCCUAUACCUCUUAACCCCAGGCCCAACCUGAGGGAUGUGGACUUGGGGGGGUGCUCAGCUGUGACUGUGUUACUCCUGCCCUCUGGAGAGGGGUGCUGCUGGGCCCUGCUUUUGGGGGGGGGCAAGGGACAGACAGCCCUCCAUGUUAUUGGGGCCAUUUCAAUGGGGGGUGAAGUUUUUUGUAGUUUUUGGCUUUUUUUCCUCCACACUUAAUUUUAUGUGGGAUGUGAGUCCAUCCUCCACCCAUCUGUCUUGUCUAGGGUCUACAGCCCACCUGUCCCCAUCCCUCUUGGUCUUGUAGGUGAAACCCAAGUCCUUGCCUUCCCCCAUUACAUGUUUAAACUUAA